AUGAAGAAAACUAUUAUCAAAAUGCCUUCAGAGGAAGGAACGGCUUCCUCUCAGUCGUCCAGUGGGGACACGAAACGUAAGGUCAGCAUCAUCACGGAACCAGUCGUCGAGCGAUUAGGCCACGAUAAUCUCGGAUUCGAGCAGAACAAACGAAAGAUAUCCCAGCAAUCGCAUCACUCCGAAGAAGGACCUGCUCGAAGGAAAAGUCACCUGCACAACAACAACUGCGACACCUCGUCAAUUCACAGCGAUCGCUACAAUGGCGAAGCGGGCGGUCGUGCUAAAAAGCAGUCCUUCUCAGAAGCCCUGGAGAAAAUUGAACGUGAUUACGACAACUCGCGACUGGAACAGUCCUGGAUCUACUCCCUGUGCAUGCGGUGCCGAGUGGAGUACACAACACCCUCGUGGGAACCUCCUGGUUGGCAGAAGGUCUGUCCGUAUCCGUUGUGUCCAUCCUACCGCCAGUUUGCUCGGAUCCUGUCGAUCGUUCUCAUAGGUGUUCUGCUAUGGGUAACGGCGUACGUCAUUAUCGGCGAUACGGCUGCCCCUGGAGGGCAGUUGUUUCAGCUCGUAGUCCUAACGGUGGCCGCCAAUUUUGGCGGGUUUCUCAUCUCCCUAACGACGCUACCGCGACUGAUCGGGAUGCUGAUGGUGGGCAUACUGUUUCAGAAUGUCGGCUGGGUGAAUUUGGACGGCGAGUUUCAGAUUGUAACGGCCGAGCUACGUAAACUCGCGCUGGUAAUCAUUCUGGUGCGGGCAGGCCUGGAAAUGGACCCGACGGCCUUUAAAAAAAUAUACAAAACCAUCCUGAAGCUCGGUCUCAUCCCGUGGUUCGUCGAGUGUACGAUGAUCGCAUUGUGCGGACGGUUCUUCCUUCAGCUUCCGUGGAUGUGGAGUAUCCUGCUCGGUUCGAUCGUUGGUGCAGUCUCACCGGCCGUAGUUGUGCCUUGUCUGUUUCGAUUGCGUACCAAGGGUUACGGUGUAGUGAAGGGCAUCCCGACACUCAUCAUCGCCGUAGCCGGUAUCGACGAUGCCGUUUCGGUGGCCGGUUUCGGCAUCAUUUCGAGCAUCAUGUUCAGCACGCAGAGUCUGGGACUGCAGAUUGCCCAAGCACCUGUAUGCAUCAUCGGUGGGCUAGGAUUUGGUGUGGUUUGGGGCUUUCUGUGCAAGUAUGUACCCGAACAAGGUGACGCGUACGUCGUCCCGAUUCGCACGCUGAUGUUGUUCGGUGGAGGUCUGCUGGCCGUGUUUGGCAGCGAGAAGAUUCACUUUGAAGGGGCCGGUCCACUUGGGGUCGUUUUUGCGGCAUUUACUGCCUCGUACUUCUGGUGCGGCCAGGGCUGGGAAUUGGAGGACAAUCCCGUAUCCACCGCGUUUGAAAUCUUUUGGAUGAUCUUCGAACCCAUUCUAUUCGGAAUCACCGGUGCCUCUAUUAAGAUUGUUGAACUAGACCCUCACAUCGUGUCGAUCGGUGUCGGUAGCAUUUACGUGGUUGCUGUGAUUCGCAUCCUAACGACCGUUGCAAUCGCUUUCGGUGACAAGCUGAACGUUAAGGAAAAGAUCUUCGUCGCCAUCUCCUGGAUGUCUAAGGCGACGGUGCAGGCGGCCCUUGGACCGGUCGCCCUGAAAACGGUCAUGUCUAACGAAAACCGCACAGACGAGGAAGUUCACUACGCUGAGCUGGUGAAGAUGGUUUGCAUCCUUAGCAUCAUCCUGACAGCUCCGCUCGGUGCUAUUCUCAUUUCGGUGACUGGCACGAAGCUGCUGAAGAAGACGAAACAACAACUUGAGCCAAUGGAUGGUAUGUUGGGCUGGCGAAGAAGUCAUCGACCGUCACUGCACGACAUCAGUAUCAUCGACGAGGAGGAGGAGCGCGAGGACAUCGAGGGAAUCGCUGAUGAGGAUACGGCAGCCAACACCCUGUCUAACGCCCAGUCGGCUGCAGCGUUCACUAUCACAAAGUAG